AUGACAUCUGCGACCAUACGGGCUGUGGAGACGCAGCGGCACAUUUCCAGCUCCAGUGAUGACGCGAACAGCGCAGGCCGAGAGUUGGAUUUGGUUGGCCGAGAUGACCCUUGGACUGAGCAGCGCCCCAAGUGCUUCGGUGUGCCGCUGUCUCACAGGCAGUUU